AUGGCCCACCCAGUAGCAGAGGCAAACGAACAUAGCCCCUUCGGUACCCUCACUCCGGACGAGUUCUACACUCGCCACUCAGUAACUCACUCCUCCGAGUUUGUCACUAACCCUAGAGGCCUCAAACUCUUCACUCAGUGGUGGAUCCCUCUCCCACCAACUAAACUCAUCGGAACCCUCGCCGUCGUCCACGGAUUCACCGGCGAGUCCAACUGGCUAAUCCAACUGACCGCUGUUUACUUCGCUAAAGCCGGUUUCGCCACUUGCGCUAUCGACCACCAAGGCCACGGUUUCUCCGACGGUUUAAUCGCUCAUAUCCCUGACAUCAAUCCCGUCGUCGAUGACUGCAUCACCUUCUUCGAAUCCUUCCGCUCUCGCUUCGAUCCGCAGCUUCCUUCCUUUCUUUACUCGGAAUCUCUCGGUGGAGCUAUCGCUCUUUUCAUCACUCUCCGGCGGACCGGCUUGCCCUGGAACGGUCUAAUCCUCAACGGCGCCAUGUGUGGGAUCAGCGACAAGUUCAAACCGCCGUGGCCGCUCGAACACUUUCUCUCAAUCGCAGCAACACUCAUCCCGACGUGGCGCGUGGUUCCCACGCGCGGCUCAAUUCCGGAUGUCUCCUUCAAGGUGGAGUGGAAGAGGAAGCUUGCGAUUGCGAGUCCUAAGAGGACAGUGGCGCGUCCACGCGCCUCGACGGCGUAUGAAUUGUUGAGGAUCUGUCGUGAGCUGCAGGGAAGGUAUGAGGAAGUGGAUGUGCCGUUUCUGGUUGUGCACGGGAGAGACGACGUCGUGUGCGAUGCAGCUUGUGUGGAGGAAUUGUACGCACGCGCUGCGAGUGAUGAUAAGACGCUGAAGAUAUACGAUGGAAUGUGGCAUCAGUUGGUGGGAGAGCCUGAAGAGAGUGUGGAGUUGGUGUUUGGUGAUAUGUUGGAAUGGCUUCGCAAACGCGCUGCGCUGAUUUCUUUACACUCGGAGGUUAGGGCCAUGAGUAUAUGA